AUGGAUGCCUUGCGGGCAGAAGGAUGUUCUUCCUCUUCCAUACUCAUCUCACCACAAUGGGUAUACGACGUCUUCGUGAGUUUCAGAGGCUCCGAUACUCGUAAAAAGUUUACCAGCCAUCUGUUUGCUGCUUUAGAGGACAAUGGUUUUCACACAUUCAGGGACGACAAAGAGCUCGAAAGAGGAGAAUUUAUUAGCGAUGGACUACUGAAAGCAAUUGAGGGUUCCAGAAUUUCUUUAAUAGUAUUCUCAAAAGACUAUGCUGGGUCGAGGUGGUGCCUUGAUGAACUUGUGAAGAUCAUGGAUUGUAGGGAGACUUUCAAACAGAUUGUUGUGCCCAUCUUUUAUGAUGUUGUUCCAUCCGAUGUGCGGAAGCAGAUGGGGGUUCUUCAAGAUGCAUUUGCCAACCACAAAAAGCGUCUUAGAGAGGAACCAGAUGGCAAGGUGGAAAAGUGGAGGGCAGCUCUUACUAAAGCUGCCAAUUUGUCAGGUCGACACUUGCUGAAGGACGGGUAUUUUCCUCGACCCUUCUGA